AUGGAGCCAGGAACGGAAGAUUCGAAAGACGCGUUACCAGCUGCAAUCAUUGCCCAAGCAGAAGCGGCAUGUGUUGGUAAUGCAGACGAAAUUCGUUCAACACAACAGCGGGAGUCGUAUAUUGCAUCUCAGCCUCACCAGGCGACGUUGGGGGGUGCUCAUAGUUCACCCGAAGCUUCCAGCUCGGCCGAUAGAACCUCACAUCCUGGGAAUUCCGAUUUAUUGGGAGUCGAAGGAACAGAAGAUGCUCCACCAAAGUACAGCGAAUUAGAGAUCAGCCAAGAUGGCCUUGAUACGAAGGCGAGAGUCACUGAUGAUGGUCGUGUCAAUAUCACCAUAAACCAGAAGACCCGGAGACUAUCUGAGCUCCUUAACCCUGCACUGAGGGGCCAGCUAUCCCUGGUAGCACAGGAGGACGAUCAACCAUUACCCCCAGGGUAUAUCCCACCUCCCCUUGGUGGGCAACCAGGACAGAUUCCUCCGCCAAACCUCAAUGUCGUAAUUCUUGUUGUUGGUUCUCGCGGAGAUGUGCAACCAUUCGUCGCGUUAGGGAAGGUCUUGAAAUCUGCCUAUGGGCAUCGUAUACGAUUAGCAACCCACCCGGUUUUUCAACCGUUCGUGGAAGAAAAUGGCCUAGAAUUCUUCAGUAUAGGUGGUGACCCGGCCGAGCUAAUGGCCUUUAUGGUUAAAAAUCCUGGGUUAAUGCCCGGGAUCGAUUCGCUCAAGAGCGGUGAUGUAGGAAAGCGGCUCAAGGGAAUGGAAGAGAUAGUUCUUGGUUGUUGGCGGGCCUGUAUCGAAGCAGGGGAUGGCCUCGGACCGGCACCACGACUGGAGGGGGGUAUAAAUAUGGACACCAACCCUACUGAGAGGCCAUUUAUUGCGGAUGCUAUUAUUGCCAACCCUCCAAGCUUUGCACAUGUCCACGUUGCGGAGAAGCUGGGUGUGCCCCUCCAUAUGAUGUUUACCAUGCCAUGGUCGCCUACUCAGUCCUUUCCCCACCCCCUUGCAAGUAUCCAGUCUUCCAAUGCCGACGUGAACAUGACGAAUUUCAUCUCAUAUGCUUUAGUAGAAAUGAUGACUUGGCAAGGUUUAGGGGACCUUAUAAAUCGUUUCCGCGAACGCGUUCUGGGCUUGGAACCAAUAAGUGUCAUAUGGGGCCCAGGAGUGCUGAGUCGACUGAAGAUACCUUGCACAUACUGCUGGUCCCCAGCUCUGAUUCCUAAGCCAAAGGACUGGGGCCGACAUAUCUCCGUGUCUGGCUUUUUCUUUCUGAGCCUUGCCUCCAGUUAUCAGCCCGAGCCCGAGCUCGCCGCAUUCUUAGCUGCUGGGCCACCACCUGUAUAUAUUGGGUUUGGCUCAAUAGUUGUGGAUGACCCAAACUCUAUGACAUCUAUGAUAUUUGAAGCCAUACAGAAAGCCAGAGUCCGUGCCCUAGUAUCUAAAGGCUGGGGAGGUCUCGGUGCCGAUUCUCUUGACCUGCCGGAAGGGGUGUUUAUGCUUGGAAACGUUCCUCAUGACUGGCUGUUUAAACACGUGUCAUGUGUGGUUCAUCACGGUGGUGCUGGAACUUCAGCUGCUGGGAUUGCUCUUGGAAAACCUACAGUGGUUGUUCCCUUCUUUGGCGACCAACCUUGGUGGGGAGCAAUGAUACAUCGAGCUGGAGCAGGGCCAGAGCCAAUACCGUAUAAGGAUCUAACUGCAGAUAAGCUUGCUGCUGCCAUUGCCGAGGCACAUAAACCGUCGACUUUGGAGAAGGCAGAAGAACUUGGGGUCCGCAUCAGCAAAGAAAAGGGAUUAGAAGACGGUGGGAAAAGCUUUCACGAUCACCUCGAUUGGAAUUCGCUUCGCUGCUCACUUGCACCGAAUAGAGUCGCUGUGUGGCAGGUGAAGAAGACACAGGUUCGCCUGAGUGCACUGGCGGCUACAGUCCUCGCCAAUGAAGGCCUCUUGAAUUUCUCGGAUCUUAAACUAUAUCGACACCGUGAAUAUGACACAGAUAAUGGACCUUGGGAUCCUAUCUCCGGUGGUGCUUCCGCACUUUUCGGCACAAUCGCAAGUCUGUCGAUGGGUGUGGCUGAUUUUCCAGUUGAGUUAAUUGGGGCCUUAAAACCCAAGCCGGCCUCAACCGCCACGGAUAAAACAGCAGCUCUCGACGAGGAUGAUGUACCUUCCCCGGCAGGCGGGAGUCCAUCGCCGCCAAAGGAUUUAGCCUCAAACUCACAAUCGCAGUUGAGUUCGUCAUCAGGAAGCCAAAGCGGGCCAGUAGAGCGUUCAACAUCAACAGAUCAAAAGUCGGAACAAAGGUCUUCUUCCCAGGCUACAAAAGAAACCAAGAAGCAAUUCGACCCCUCCGCUAUCACCUUGGAAUCUGCCAUUGGAGCUUCUAAGGGGAUAUCCCGGGUAGUUGGUGCUGGCAUGAAGUCACCGAUGGACUUCACGUUGGGUUUGGCUCGCGGUUUUCAUAAUGCUCCUAAACUAUACGGCGACGAUACCGUGCGCCCCCAAGAAAGGGUUACUGGCUUUCAGAGCGGGUUGAGAGCUGCAGGAAAGGGCUUUGGAUAUGGAUUCUAUGACGGUAUCUCCGGGCUUGUUACCCAACCCAUGAAGGGGGCCGAAAAGGAAGGGGCAGCUGGCUUCAUCAAAGGUAUAGGGAGAGGUAUUGGUGGACUCGUUUUGAAGCCCGGUGCUGCGAUUUGGGGACUCCCUGGCUACACGAUGAUGGGAUUGCACAAGGAAGUCCGGAAAAUGUUCGGAGCAAGUGUUCAGGCCUAUAUCAUAUCGGCCAGAACUGCCCAAGGGUACGAGCAGUGGAGAAUCUCGUCCAAAGAUGAACAGCAAUAUAUUAUAAGCCGUUGGCAGGGGCUUAAAUCCAAACCUGCUGAAUCAUCGCGUCAUGAUAGUGGGAAAGGAAAACAAGUUCCAAACGUGCACUCUAGUGGUGAUGGGUCGCAGGCUCAUAGUGCGAACCUGGAGGAUGAAGAAGCUUUGCGCCGUGCUAUCGAAGAAAGCAUUGCACAUGCUGCCGGACCCAAAACAGAUGACAUCUCCGAAGCUGAUCAAAAGGCCGCUCUCGAAGCAGCUAUCCAGAGAAGUGUCUCCGAUUCCAGAGGACCUUCGACUGCUACACACGUAAAUGAAGAUACAGAAGAAGAAGAACAACUCAAGCGUGCUAUCGAAGAGUCCAUGCGCUAUCACGAUCGGGAUGUAUCAGCAACAAAGACAGAUGAAGAUAUUGUUAUGGAGUACAUCAAGAAACAGAGCCUCGCCGAGGAGGAGCACAGGCAGGCAAUGCACAAAUCCGCGUCAUCUGGAGACAAAGAAUGA